AUGGGGAGCGGCCAUUGGUUAUUCAUAUUUAAGGAAAAAAGAAGCUUAUUAUUUUAUUGUACAGUUCUUCUUUUCUUUUUUUUUUUUCCUUUUCCUUUCGUUGUUUUUCCUUUCUUUUGUUUCCGUUCUUUUCUUUCUUUGCCUUUCGUUCUUUUCCUUUUGUGCUUUUCUUUCUUUUCCUUUCUUUCUUUCUUUUUUUUUUGCUUUCCUUUUCCUUCUUUUCUUUUUUCCUCCUUCUUUCUUUUCUUUCUCUUCCUUUCGUUCUUUUCUUUCUUUUCCUUUCGUUUCUUUCUUUUUUUCCUUUCCCUUUCGUUGAUUUUCCUUUCUUUUCUUUCUUUUCCUUUCGUUCUUUUCUUUCUUUUCCUUUCGUUUCUUUCUUGCUUUUUCUUUCUUUCUUUUUUCUUUCCCUUUCUUUCUUUUUUUGCUUUUCUUUUCGUUCUUUUCUUUUUUUCCUCCUUCUUUCUUUUCUUUCUUUUCCUUUUGUUCUUUUCUUUCUUUUCCUUUCGUUCUUUUCUUUUUGGCUUUCUUUCUUUUCUUUUUUCUUUCGUUCUUUUUCUUUCCUUUCGUUCUUUUCUUUCUUUUCCUUUCGUUCUUUUCCUUUUCACUCUCUCUCUUUUUUUCUCUCUCUCUCUCUCUCUCUCCCCCACACACUCUCUCUCUCUCUCUCUCUCUCGCUCUCUCUUUUUCUCUCUGGCUCUUUCUCUCUCUUUCUCUAUGUAUCUAUUUAUCUAUCUCUUCCGCGUUUUUCUUUUAUUUCGUUGGGGCUGUCAGGCGUCUUAUACGUACGUUCCUACACUAUUUUUUUGUGCUUAA